AUGGCCCAGAAGUGUGUGCACCAGGGAUGUGGCAAGACGUACACGGACGCAGACGAGGUUUGCAGGUACCAUCCCGGUCCGCCUGUCUUCCACGAAGGCCAAAAAGGAUGGUCGUGCUGCAAGCCGCGCGUGCUCACGUUUGAGGAGUUUAUGGACAUCACGCCUUGUGCGGAGGGUAAGCACAGUACGACAGACCUGCCGCCCAAGGUCGAGAAGAAGAAGGAGUCGCCCGAAGCAGUUGCAGCAGCGGCUGCAGCAGCGGCUGCCGUCGAUGCCCAGUUCGGACCAGCCGUGCCUCGGAACCCAAUCAACGUGCCGGUGCGCGAGAAGGCAGCAGCACCAGCAGCAGCAGGCACAGCGACGUCGGGCGCUCCAUCAGCACCGGACACACCCGUGGCGCCGCCCGAAUCCGAGGACGAUGAGCCCAGCCUGGAGAUUCCGGUCGGACGAGUGUGCCGGCGGCGGGGCUGCGGAGUGGCAUACGCCAAGGGCGGGUCGCGCGAGGCCGAGUCGUGCGUGCACCACCCGGGAGCGCCGAUCUUUCACGAGGGCAGCAAGGGAUACACGUGCUGCAAGCGGCGGGUGCUUGAAUUUGACCAGUUCAUGAAGAUUGAGGGCUGCCAGACCAAGGGCCGGCACCUGUUUGUCGGGAGUGGCCGCAAGGACAAGGGCUCGGGAGCAGGAGAAGAGCUGCUGGAGACAGUGAGGACGGACUUUUACCAAUCGUCCACGGUCCUGACGGUGUCCUUCUUCCUCAAGAAGAUCGACAAGGACAAGGCCGUGAUCCGAUUCCUGGAGGAGGCCAUCGACCUCGACCUGCCGACCACAGACAGCCCGGUCAAGCGAUACAAGACGGUAGUGCCGCUGUAUGCGGCCAUUGACCCGGCGCGUUCGUCGUUCAAGGUGCUGGGCACGAAGCUGGAGGUGGUGCUGGCCAAGGCCGACGUGAGCUCGUGGCCGGUGCUGCGCAGCGACGACCGGCUGACCGGCGAGAUCAUCCAGACUGGACGGGCCGCGAGGGCAUAA